AUCUCCAAACCAUAAUAGAAAUUUCGCAGAAGAUAUCAAGCUGUGGAAUACAAAAAUUUAAGACCAUGUUUCCCUACGACAUCUUCUUUCUUUUCGGAGAUUCGUUGACACAGCAGUCUUUUAGCCAAGCAAAGGGUUUUGGAUUUGGGCCAGCGCUUCAAGAUGCAUACAUUCGACGUCUUGACGUCUUGAACCGGGGAUUCAGUGGAUACAACUCUGCCCAUGCACUGAAAACUCUAGACAAAAUUGUUCCCAAUCCAUCUCAAGGCAAAAUUCGUUUUCUGACUGUCUUUUUGGGUGCCAAUGAUGCUUGCCUUGCUGGUGGCCCUACACGCCAACACGUUCCAAUAGAAGAGUAUAAGAAGAAUCUUAAGGCCAUUAUUGCCCAUCCUCUCAUCAAAGAGCACAACCCGCGCAUCAUUCUCAUCACGCCUCCGCCAGUCGAUGAGUACGGCUUGACACGCACAGACUUGGCCAAGGGAAUCACAGACGUGCUUCGCACUGCAGAGCAUACAAAGUCGUAUGCAGACGCUGCCAAGGAUGUUGGUAAAGAGCUUCAGCUUACCGUACUCGAUCUCUGGACUGCGUUCAUGGAAAGAGCUGGGUGGCAGCCUGAGCAGGAAGUCUUACCUGGAUCGAAGAAGUUGGGGCAAAAUACGUUGCUGGCAGAGCUAUUCCAUGAUGGGCUUCACUUUAAUCCUCCGGCUUAUAAGAUCCUCUUUGAUGAACUCAUGAAAGUGAUUGCGAAGAAUUGGCCAGAUCAAUUACCGGAAAACCUUCCAUUUGUCUUCCCUCAUUGGGAGGAAUUAACUCGCUAAUACCCUAUUUCCUGUGAAGAUCUUGGAAUAUAAUUUCUCGAUCAAAGCAGAAACAUCGAUAGAUGGAUUUAGAUUUCGCUUUAGAUUACUCUAUUGCUGCUGAAAUGAACAUUGACAUCAUAUGGUUUUCGUACAUGAUAUAUAUACAAAAGUUUUUUUGCGACAUUGAGACUUGCAUUAAGCGGGCGUGCUCCACUGAUGGGUCCCG